GCCGUCCCGGCCUGCCCCGCGCCGCCGCCGCCGCUGCCGCCGCCGCCAUGGCCGCGAUGUUCUGCGCCCGCCGCUUCCUCCGCCUCGCCCGCCCCUCGCUGCCGCUGCCCCCCGCCCGCGGCUAUGCCGAUCCCGCCGCCGGCGGCCCCGCUGCCAUGGCCUUCACCUUCGCCUCACCCACACAGGUGUUCUACAACGGUGCCAACGUGAAGCAGGUGGAUGUGCCCACGCUUACGGGCUCCUUUGGCAUCCUGGCAUCCCACGUCCCCACGCUCCAGGUGCUCCGGCCGGGCGUUGUCACAGUCCACGCUGAGGAUGGGACGGCCACCAAGUACUUUGUGAGCAGCGGCUCUGUCACUGUGCACGCCGACUCCACGGUGCAGGUGCUGGCAGAGGAGGCAGUGACCAUGGACAUGCUGGACCUGGCUACUGCAAAAUCCAACCUGGAGAAGGCUGUGUCAGAGAUGGCAGCAGCAUCUGAUGAAGCUGCUAAAGCAGAAGCUCAGAUUAAGGUAGAAGCUAACGAAGCCCUGGUAAAGGCUCUGGAGUAAAUCCAGGAAUCCCACUGUGGAUGCAGAACUCCCAGCCUGUCCCUGUUCUACUCCCCAGCUGUACAGAUGGAACAGGACAAACGGAGGUGGAGAAAUGGUUCUGAUCAAUUAAAAGGAAUUGUGACCCCC